UUUUUCAAUUUUUACACCAAAUAAAACCGGGCCCCCUUCCACUGGGGUAGGGGACGAUCGACGACACCAUUUUGAUAUCGUGAGGCGCUGGUCGUCUCGGCAUUGUUGCCAUGAGCAAAGGCGCGAUCAUCGGCGCGUCGACCGUGCUGGUGGUGGCGGUGGUGGCGGCGGUGUGCGUGGUGUCGUUCAAGAGCGGCUCGGGCAAUGACAAGGGCGACGGCGAGCUGUCGACGUCGGUGAAGUCGAUCAAGUCCUUCUGCCAGCCGGUGGACUACCGGGAGACGUGCGAGAGCACGCUGGAGGCGUCGGCCGGGAACGCGUCGAACCCGACGGACCUCGCCAAGGCCAUCUUCAAGGCGACGUCGGAGAAGAUCGAGCAGGCGGUGCGGGAGUCCACCGUGCUGAACGACCUCAAGAACGACCAGCGCACGUCGGGCGCGCUCAAGGACUGCAAGGAGCUGCUCGACUACGCCAUCGACGACCUCAAGACGACGUUCGACAAGCUCGGGGGGUUCGAGAUGAGCAACUUCAAGCACGCCGUCGACGACCUCAAGACGUGGCUCAGCUCGGCGCUGACGUACCAGGAGACGUGCCUCGACGGGUUCGAGAACGCGACGUCGACGGACGCGUCGGAGAAGAUGAAGAACGCGCUCAAGAGCUCGCAGGAGCUGACGGAGAACAUCCUGGCGCUCGUGGACCAGUUCGGGGACACGCUGGCGAACCUGGAUCUGCCCAGCUUCAGCCGGCGCCUGCUCGGCGACGACGGCCUGCCCGGGUGGAUAUCCGACGCGAAGCGGCGUCUGCUGCAGGCGUCCCCCGGCGCGCCGGAGUUCAAGCCGGACGUGACGGUGGCGGCCGACGGCAGCGGCGACUUCAAGACCAUCAACGAGGCGCUGGCCAAGGUGCCCAUCAAGGCGACGGCCACGUACGUGAUGUACGUGAAGGCCGGGACGUACAAGGAGUACGUGUCCGUGGCGCGCAACGUGACGAACCUGGUGAUGAUCGGCGACGGCGCCACCAAGACCAUCAUCACGGGCAACAAGAGCUUCAUGCUCAAUAUCACGACCAAGGACACGGCCACCAUGGAGGCGAUCGGCAACGGCUUCUUCAUGCGCGGCAUCGGCGUGGAGAACACCGCCGGCGCCAAGAACCACCAGGCGGUGGCGCUCCGGGUGCAGAGCGACCAGUCGGUGUUCUACCAGUGCCAGUUCGACGGCUACCAGGACACGCUCUACACCCACACCAGCCGGCAGUACUACCGCGAGUGCACCAUCACCGGCACCAUCGACUUCAUCUUCGGCAACGCGCAGGUGGUGUUCCAGAACUGCCUCAUCCAGGCGCGCCGCUGCAUGGACAACCAGCAGAAUAUCGUCACGGCGCAGGGCCGCAAGGAGAAGCACUCCGCCGGCGGCACCGUCAUCCACAACUGCACCAUCGAGCCCCACGCCGACUUCAAGGCCGAUGCCGCCAAGUUCAGGACCUUCCUCGGCCGGCCGUGGAAGGAGUACUCCCGCACGCUCUACAUCCAGUCCGACAUCGGCGGCUUCAUCGACCCGCAGGGGUGGCUGCCGUGGCUCGGCGACUUCGGCCUCAACACCUGCUACUACGCCGAGGUGGAGAACCGCGGCGCCGGCGCCGACAUGAGCAAGCGCGCCAAGUGGCGGGGGGUCAAGACCGUCACCUACCAGCAGGCGCAGCAGAAAUACACCGUCGAGCGCUUCAUCCAGGGCCAGCAAUGGAUUCCCAAGUACGGCGUGCCCUUCAUCCCCGGCCUGCUGCCGCAGGAGCAGUCCGGCAGGAUACACUGAUCGAUCGAUCAUCUCUCAUCCACCUAUAAUUAAUAUAGCGGGCUUGUUAAUUAAUUUGCAUCCAUCGUGUUCCUGUCAGCUGCUGUGAUCUAAUGACUGACCACGUUUCGAUCUGUACCUCCAUACGCGAAAUGCAUUCGUAUUUUCACUGUAUAGAAAAUAGUUCGUACACAUAUGCAUGUAUACUUAAUUAUAUUGACGUGUUGCAUGGGCUGUUACGAAUCGAUUGUUGUUUGUACUGAUUGACAAAUGUUGAAACUAAUAGAAAAGGUUUGGCAGAGUUUACCC